UCUUCCCCGGGUCGAUUAUGCGGCUGUCGACGGUUGUUAAAGUGCAUUACUGGCGUUAAACUGUAACCAGAGCCUAGAUGCGCGGUCAGUUUGUAUAAUUGAAUCAGAGUGUGACAUCCUAGGCUGAGGUCGGAAGCAGAGCAGCGGGAGGAAGCAGGACCUGUGAAAAAGGGACAGCGAACCAAACAGAGAGUGAGAGAGAAAGCGAGUAAGAACCUACUUAAGCUAGGAUCCGCCCCCUUUAUCUGACAUGCCCAGCUUCUGGUCUGUGUUAUGGAACAACAUGUAACGCCCUCCGAGGAUGCGCCCCCACCGCUGAUGUACCGUGUGGAACGGCCUGUGUACGAUGAGGCCUACCUCCACACCCAGCUCCUGCACCCGAGAGAGAGGAGCCCCAAGACAAUCCGGCAGAGACUGGCACAGCAGCUCCACUGCUCAUCAGAGAGGGCCAAAGCCAUUGCUCUGAGCUUCCUGCCCAUUCUAACAUGGCUGCCGUCCUACCCUGUCAAGGAGUACCUGUUUGGGGACCUGGUCUCAGGCCUCAGCACGGGGGUCAUGCAGCUACCUCAAGGUCUUGCCUAUGCCAUGCUGGCUGCCGUACCUCCUGUGUAUGGCCUGUACUCUUCCUUCUACCCUGUCCUGCUCUACACCUUCUUUGGGACCUCCAGACACAUAUCUAUAGGCACGUUUGCGGUGAUCAGCCUGAUGAUUGGAGGAGUGGUGGUGAGGGAGGCCCCUGACUCCAUGUUCACCAUCCAGGCCCUGAACGGCACCACCACCAACGCCACCGCCUUGAUCGACACGGGGGCCCGCGAUGCCAGGAGGGUCCACAUAGCCGCAGUCCUCACCACCCUGGUGGGAAUCAUACAGCUGGUCCUGGGCUUGUUGCGGUUUGGCUUUGUGGCCAUCUACCUCACGGAGCCCCUGGUACGCGGAUUCACCACGGCCGCGGCCGUCCACGUCUUCAUCUCUCAGCUUAAAUACCUGCUGGGCAUCCAGACCCCGCGCUUCAGUGGGCCCCUGUCCGCUCUUCACAGUGUUACGGCGGUGUUCAGUAACAUCACCAGCGCCAACGUGACCACGUUGAUUGUGGGCGUGGUCUGCAUCGUGGUCCUCUACAGCGUGAAGGUCCUCAACGAGCGCUUCAAGAAGAAGCUGCCUGUGCCCAUCCCUGGAGAGAUCAUCGUGGUCAUCGUCUCUACAGGGAUCUCCUAUGGCCUCAGUCUGUCAGAGAACUACCAAGUGGACGUGGUCAGGACAAUUCCAACCGGGCUGCUUCCACCUGAAAUCCCAGACUUCUCUCUGUUGCCCAACUUGGUAAUGGAUUCUAUCGCCAUAGCGGUGGUGGGCUUCUCCAUGGGAAUCUCUCUGGCCAAGAUCUUUGCUCUGAAACACGGCUACAGUGUGGAUGGUAACCAGGAGCUGAUUGCCAUGGGCCUGUGUAACUUUGUCAGCUCCUUCUUUCAAACCUUCGCCAUCACCUGCUCCAUGUCCCGCAGUCUGGUGCAGGAGAGCACUGGGGGCAAUACGCAGAUCGCGGGUCUGUUGGGGUCUAUGGUGGUCUUGCUGGUGGUGGUGGCCAUUGGUUUUGUGUUCCAGCCUCUGCCACAGACCGCGCUGGCUGCCAUCAUCAUGGUUAACCUGCUGGGGAUGUUUAAACAAUUCAGGGACAUCCCUGCCCUGUGGAGGACCAGCAAGAUCGAGCUGGCUAUCUGGGUGGUAGCCUUUGUGGCCUCUGUGCUGUUGGGCCUUGAUCUUGGACUUCUGGUGGCCUUAGGAUUUGCCAUCCUGAGCGUCAUCUAUAGAACACAGAGCCCAGAGAGUAUCAUCCUGGGACAGGUCCUGGACACAGGGCUGUACUGUGACGUGGAUGAAUAUGAAAAGGCAGCUGAAUGCACGGGGAUUAAGAUUUUCCACUCAAACUCUUCAAUCUACUUUGCAAACAGUGACCUUUAUUUGAACACCCUCAAAGAGAAGACAGGAGUGGACCCCGUACAUCUCCAGGCUAUACGGAAAGCCCGAAGAAGAAAACUGAAGAAGGAGUGCGCAGAGAGGGAAAGCCAAAACCACAAGUCACCACAAAAAAAGAGUGCCGUCGUCAAACUGGAUGUGGAGCUGGGCGUCACUCACGAGGUGGUGGCAGGGGGCGGCUCCCAGAACCACUUGGAGGUGCAGGGGAAUGGGCAGGUGGCCGAGACCCACACAGAGUCAGACUCUGAGGAGACCCGGUUCCUAGAGCCCCUCUGUCCUGUCCACACCCUCAUUCUGGACUGGACCCCCGUUAACUUCAUCGACUCUGUGGGAGCCAAAGCCAUCAAAUUGGUGAUCAAGGAGUAUGCAGCUGUGGAUGUGUGUGUUUUCAUCGCCGGCUGCAGCAGAACUCUGCUGGCUGAACUCCGCACCCUGCAGUUUUUUACCGGGGUCGUGACCCCAGAAAUGGUCUUCCCCACCAUCCACGACGCCGUACUGCACUGUCAGCGCCGGACUGCCCCGCCCACCAUCCCUGCCAUCCAAUGACAUCGUCCGACAGGGGACAUCAAGGGGGAGGGGACAUGGGAUCACAUGCACCUAAGGCUGCUCUAAAGCUGUGUUCACAUUGGCAGUUUUAAAAAAAUGGUGCAUAUCCGAUUCAAAUCUUAUUUUUCCUGCAGUCUGAAAAGCCAAAAAGCACAUGGAAUCUGAUAUUUCAAGCCACAUUUCAAACCACCUUCUUAGGUGGUUUGAAGUCUGAUACAAAUCUGAAUCCUGGCCAUGUCUGAACGGUCAAAUCUGAUGUAUUUGCCCUAAAGUGGUUUUUAGACUUAUUUGGCAUAUCUUGUUGCUUGAAAAGCUACUCUGACAAGAACAUGUGGGAGCUAACUAGCUUGUUAAUAGUUUACAAUUAUUUAGAUUUUGAACAGUCAAAGCAACUGGGAAACGUCCAUGGCAGGAGUUGUCACCUUAGCUUGCUACAUAACUUCUGCAUGAUAGGAAG